AUGAUGGUUGGCGAAGUAAUUGGAAACAUCAAGUCCGUUAGAAAAAACAUUGACAGCGACUUUCAAGUUUGGUACAAACAAAUAUUAGACCUUGCUGAGAAAUUGGGAAUUGUUGAAGCUAGUCCCAGAAAGACAAGCAUACAGAGGAAUCGCUCAAACAUUCCUAGUUGUAGUCCAAUUGAUCAUUACAAAAAAUCUGUGGCUAUUUGCCUUCCUGAUUCUCUGAUUAUUCAAUUGCAAGACCGAUUUUCUGACGAAAAUCGCCACGCCCGUCACUUGCUUUAUCUAGUACCCUCUAUCACAACUCAUAUCACCUUGGAGCUAUCUGAAGCAACAGAGGGCAUGUUGUUCUGGGAGAAUGACCUUCCAUUUCCCAAAUCCCUUGGGAAUGAGCUGCGAAGAUGGCAAAUUAUGUGGCAAUCAGCAGAGAAGGAACUUCCAAGUAAUCUUCAAUUAGCACUUGGCGCGUGUGACGAGGAUGCUUUUCCAAACAUCCAUCGUCUUCUUCUCAUUACAUGCACCCUACCAAUCAGUAGUGCGGAAGCUGAGCGGUCCUUUUCGCUCAUGAAACGGAUUAAGACGUGCACCAGAUCAACGAUGUGUGAAGAGUGCUUUUCAGAUCUCGCUAUUAUUGCUGUGCAUUACCCUGAGAGAUUCGAGGUAGACGAGAUAUGCGAGGCCUUUGUAAAAGCUCAUCCUGGGAGACUCUUUCAGGCCUCGUUGUUUGAUUAA